GCAGUUGGACAGAGGGUCUCUGUUUCAUCAUACUUGGCGUAUCUAUAUCUAACUCUUACUUUGAACAAGACUUGCAAGUUAAUAUUAGUCCUUCUCUACAUAUAUUAUUAUCUACAUACAGAUAGUAGAUAGAUACACACAUUCAAGCAUAGAGCAAGAUCCAUUAGUCUGGUGAUGGGUACCCAGGAAGAAGAGAGACUGCUCUUAGAAGAUGGAAUUCCUCAGGAUGAAAGCAAUGGGCUUUAUACUGGAGAUGGAUCCGUCGAUAUCAAAGGCAACCCCGUGUUGAAAAGUAACACUGGAAAUUGGAGAGCAUGCCCUUUUAUUCUUGGUACGGAAUGUUGCGAGCGGCUAGCAUAUUAUGGUAUUGCUACAAACCUCGUCAGUUAUCUUACAAAAGAAUUGCACGAAGGAAAUGCUUCUGCUGCGAGAAAUGUUACUACUUGGCAAGGAACUUGCUACUUGGCACCCUUGGUAGGAGCAAUCUUAGCGGAUACAUGCUGGGGAAGAUACUGGACAAUUGCCGUCUUCUCUAUAAUCUAUUUAGUUGGAAUGUGCACACUAACUCUCUCAGCAUCAAUUCCUGUUUUUAUGCCUGCUGAGUGUGUUGAUGGUAUAUGCCCUCCAGCUACACCUGCUCAGUACGUCGUGUUGUUCUUUGGUCUAUAUCUGAUCGCUCUAGGAACCGGUGGGAUCAAACCUUGUGUUUCGUCCUUUGGUGCAGAUCAGUUUGAUGAUACAGAUGAAAUUGAGAGCAUAAAGAAGGGAUCCUUUUUUAAUUGGUUUUAUUUCUCUAUCAAUAUAGGUGCUUUAGUUUCAAGUAGUGUGAUAGUGUGGAUUCAAGACAAUGCUGGUUGGGGUCUUGGUUUUGGCAUUCCUGCAUUGUUUAUGGGCAUCGCUAUUAUAAGUUUCUUUGCUGGAACGCCUCUUUAUAGAUUUCAGAAACCUGGGGGAAGCCCCAUUACUAGAAUGUGUCAGGUUUUGGUUGCUUCAUUCCGCAAAUGGGAUGUAGCGGUCCCCAGUAACAGUAGACUCCUGUUUGAAACACAAGACAAAACAUCAGCAAUUGAAGGAAGUAGGAAACUGGGCCAUACUGAUGAGCUGACCUGCCUUGAUAAAGCUGCUGUAAUCUCUGAUGAAGAAAACAGAACAGGGGAAUAUUCUAAUCCUUGGAGACUCUGCACAGUAACACAGGUUGAAGAAUUGAAGAUUUUGAUCCGCAUGUUUCCUAUCUGGGCGACCGGAAUUGUCUUUUCCGCUGUUUAUGCACAAAUGUCUACAAUGUUUGUGGAACAAGGGCUCAUGAUGGACACAAGGAUUGGUUCAUUUGAAAUUCCGGCUGCUUCUCUUUCAAGUUUCGAUGUCAUCAGUGUUAUUUUCUGGGUGCCAGUUUAUGAUGCAUUCCUUGUUCCUAUUGCUAGAAAAUUUACCGGCAAUGGUAGGGGUUUCUCGGAACUGCAAAGGAUGGGAAUUGGCCUUUUUAUCUCAGUCUUGUGCAUGUCAGCCGCUGCUCUGGUGGAGAUUAAGCGACUCCAACUUGCAAGGGACCUUGACUUGGUUGACAAAGCUGUUCCGGUUCCUCUUAGUAUCUUCUGGCAAAUACCACAGUAUUUCUUGUUAGGGGCUGCCGAAAUAUUCACUUUCAUCGGACAGCUUGAAUUUUUCUACGAUCAGUCCCCUGAUGCAAUGCGCAGUCUAUGCAGUGCUUUAUCUCUUUUGACAACGUCCUUGGGGAACUACUUGAGUUCCUUUAUCGUGACUGUGGUAAUCUCUUUAACUACUCAAGGGGGAAAUGCAGGUUGGAUACCAGACAACUUAAACAAAGGACAUCUUGAUUAUUUCUUUUGGCUGUUGGCUGGACUCAGCUUAGCCAACAUGGUUAUAUAUAUAUUCUGUGCCAAAAUAUACAAGUCCAAGGUGAGAUGAUUGUUCAAUUCCGAGGAACGAUGCUUAUUUGUAUCACACACAGUUGAAGGACAAACCUAGUUUGUACAAGUAGGUCUCCACUGAAACCCUAGGUACAGCUCUUGAAUUUGUCUUCUUUGUAUAUUUCUAAUAUUAAAGGAACAUGCUAGAUAAUAAGAAAAGAAAUUUGGUUUUAAAGGAUUCUUGAUAACUUUAAACAUUCGUUUGGAAAUUUUUACAUUUGCUGUGGAAAUGAAAAAUGCAGUUGCUUUACU